CUUUCCUUUAAACUCAUGGUUAUUUUUGGUCACCGAGGCCGCUUGUAAUUCAAGGGUAUCUUUGAGUGUACAUCUUUAUCCACAUGUCCCACCUUCGGAGGUACGGUGAGGCUGUAGCGGGACCGCCAUCGCCGCGUGAUGGGUGAAUGAUGGGCCGCACAGCGCCCGGGAACCCACCCUGCACGCGGCAGCCGCGCCGCCAUUGAGCGCGUUCUCCAAGACCCGGCACCUAGCGACAACUGCGCAGGCGCGAAAGCCUAAAGCACGGAAGCGGAAAUCAGCGUUGGGCGCGCGGACGAUUCAGCGACCAGUAACCAUGCGCGGCUUGGAGAAGCAGGGUCCGUGUGCUACAGCGGCCCCAUGUGGGUGCGCUCAGCCGGCCCUGGAGACAGGGAAUCUUUUAACUGAGCCAAUAGGGUACUUGGAAUCGUGUUUCUCAGCCAAGAUUGGUACUCCAAGGCAGCCCUCCAUUUGUAGCCACUCCAGAGCCUGUUUGAAGAUCAGAAAGAGCAUCUUUAAUAAUCCUGAACAUUCCUUGAUGGGCCUGGAAGAGUUUUCUCAUGUUUGGAUUUUGUUCGUUUUUCACAAAAACGGCCAUUUGAACUACAAGGCAAAAGUGCAGCCCCCUAGGCUGAACGGGGCAAAGACUGGCGUGUUCUCCACACGGAGCCCUCAUCGCCCUAAUGCAAUAGGACUGACGCUGGCCAAGCUGGAGAAGGUGGAAGGUGGAGCCAUAUACCUGUCUGGAAUUGACAUGAUACACGGCACACCCGUCCUAGACAUAAAGCCCUACAUUGCUGACUAUGACUCCCCACAGAACCUCAGUGAACAGAAUGACCACUAUAGGCCGAGGGCUGCGGCCGGGUCUGAUGGCACAGCUAACAGUUGUGACCUGCCGCUGCUCUCGGGCUGUGGGAAAGCACAGCCUUGCCGUAGCACCAAGGAGACACUGACAUGCCCUGCAGACGGGACCUCAGAAGAAAACCCCCAGGAGUCCAGAGACAUGUCAGAAAUCCAGCACACUUUGCCAGAGGACAGAGAGAGAGCGGUGGGUCUGGCACUGGAACCAAGCAGAGGUGAGAGCAUGGAUGUGCCUGAAGAUCAGCUUGGACCACAGCAACUGAAGAGAUUUCUGGAAGAAGGCACAGACAGACCAAGGAAAGUAGAAGGUGCCUUGGUCCUGCGGGAGAGCAGUGCAGACACACAGUGGGAUGCUUCCUGCCAUGCCAGGACAGCUGACAGAGCGGCCUGUAGUGUUGUCCCCGGCUGGGUGAAGGAGGCACCUGUAGCCCCUUUACAAGUCCGGUUUACUCCUCACGCAGAGAUGGAUCUGAGGAGGCUCAGUUCCCGAGAUGCAGAUCUCAGAGCUGAUUGAUCAUGGUUUGGAAGCGACCCCACAGCCUGUGGAAACUUGUCCAGUCAUUGCGGCUGAUGACACUCCACUCCUAAGCAAGACUGGUUUGUAGCUGUUUACCGCCAUUGACAUAACUUCCAGUGUUUUGAGACAAGAUCUUAAAUUCAUUUGCUCUAAAGCUUUAAAAAACAAACAAACAAAAGAUUGUUAGAAGUUAUAAAAUAGCACAGAGGUCCCUUCUAGCCUUUCUCUGGCUUCUUGCAUAAGGAACAUCUAGGCAUAGUAUAGUGUUCUAGCUCAGAAGUUGGCAUUCUGAUGCCUUUUUGUUUAUGUGUUCUGUUGAUGUGGGUGUAUAUUGUGUGGGUAUGUCUGCAUGUGUGGGUGUGGGUGUAGAGGCCAGAAGUAGCAACCACAUUUUUAAAAAAGGUUAAUUUAAUUUAUAUACAUACACUGUAGCUGUCUUCAGACACACCAGAAGAGGGCAUUGGAUCCCAUUACAGAUGGUUGUAAGCCUGUGGUUGCUGGGAAUUGAACUCAGGACCUCUGGAAGAGCAGUCAGUGCUCUUAACCGCUGAGCCAUCUCUCCAGCCCCCACAUUUAAAAACUAUU